CUCUAAUUUCCCUAUAAAUAUAACCCGAACCAAUUCAAUAAAUUCACAGCCUCAUUAUUGGUAGCACGAGAGAGAUAAACCGGAAUGGCGUUGCCCAACCAACUUCUUCUUCUUCUUCUUGCUUUUCUUGUUUCCCUAUCAUUAUUCUCCACAAAUCAUUCGUCGCCGGCGGCGGCGGAGGCGAGCGUCAGCGCCGGAACCACAAACGCCGACUUCAUCAAAGCAUCGUGCGAAUCGACGACGUACCCGCAUCUCUGUUACACCUCCCUGUCGAGCCACGCGAGUGAGAUCGGAGCCGACCCGGAAAUUCUCGCCCAGACGGCCCUGACGGUGGCCGUCCAGAGCGCCAACUCGACCGCCGCCGCCCUGUCCAGAAUGGCGGCGCGGAGUUUCAACUUCACGCACCGGGAGGCCGGCGCCAUGCGGGACUGCCUGGAGGAGCUCCGGGACUCCGUCGCCCAGAUCAGGAACUCGAUGAAGGAGAUGAAGCAGCUCGGCGGCCACCUCAGCGGGCCGGAGUUCGCCAUGAAAAUGAGCGACGUCGAGACGUGGGUCAGCGCCGCCUUGACCGACGAGGACACCUGCUCCGACGGAUUCGCCGGGAAAGCGCUCGACGGCAACCUGAAGACGGCGGUGCGGCAGUUGAUACGGAAGGUGGCGCGUUUGACCAGCAACGCUUUAGCUCUCAUCAACAGCUUCGCCGCUCACCACCAACGAUGGGAUAUUGGGUUGAAUGAUUAGGCCAGGCCUAUUACGAAGGGGCAAAUUAUUACAUGCAAUUAACGUUAACGAUGGGAAAAAUACUGAUUUGACUCUCCUUUAAUUUUGUCUAAAAAGAAAUAUUGUAAUCUAGAAGAGAACGGAGUGAGUAAGUGAGAAAGUUCAUGUGGUACAUCAUAAAUCACUCUAACUAAGGAGUUCAAAAAUCCAAAGUCCAAUUCACAAUGGGCCCUACAAAAAGAAGAAAAGGAGAUUUGUGAAUUCCCGGCCUCCAUUUGACCACGAUAUUAAAAUAAAUUAAACAAAUAAUACUCUCACGU